CUCUCGCUUUCUUUUCCCAGACUUUCUUUUUCUUUUUUUUUUCCCUCUUUCCCUUUCUUUCUCUCUUCAAUCUGUCUGUUUCAUCUUUCUCAACUAGGAUCAGCUCAGAUCAUCCUGACCUGUCCAUCUCAUCUCCUCCAUCUCCUAUACACCACCCUCCUCUAUAUCCUCUAUACUGUAUACUACAAUGAUGUUUACAUCCUCAUCAACAAACUCCUCGAGAGACUUUUCUCUCCCAGACAGCCCCGUCUCCGGCCAUCCUCCACAGCCUCAGGCCUCAUUUCCUCCGCCUCCCAUCCGCCGUCGCCCUGUUCCCUCCAGCACAAAUAGCAUCAACCCUCCCAAAGCCCGUCGCUUCUACUCCUCCCCCUUGCACGAGGGCUCCUCCGACUCGUCCACCCCCCUCCAAGUCUACGGCCUCGAACAACGCGAGCCCUCCAUCUACAACGAAAAGCCCAAACUCCUCCGCCGCUUCUCCCACGCCCUCGACGACAUCAAAGAGGACUUCUCCCUCCAGCUCGACCCCAGAACCACCGCAGACAAGAUCAAGCGCAGAUCCACCCUCAUGCUCGAUGGCUGGAAUGCCCCCUCCACCCCUUCCGCCUAUCCCGGCUCCCAGUCCUCCUUCGAUGUCUCCUCCCAAUCCCCAGAGCGCUCCUCCCUCUCCCGCCCCAUGUCCAUCCUCUCCUUUGACAAUUGGUCGCCCCCACGCAGACUCGGCCGUCGCCUCACCAUGACCUUCUCGCAACGAAGAAAGCGUCUCAAUCAGGGGGCCAGCAUCUCCUCGCCAAACCUCAUUGGCGCUUCCACCCAAAUAUAACCGUGCCAUGUCAUCUCCCGCUCACAUGCAUCAAUCUGAAACACCUCGAGUCGUCAGUCGAGACGUCAGUCGCAUGUGAGGGACAGUACCUAUAAUAAGGUGACACACCAACAUAAAAGUACAACAUGAUUUGUUUUGAUUGAUAUAUUUUUACACGGUUUGGUUUGGUUUUGGUUUUGGGUCUUUUCAUUUUCCGUUUUGCAUAUCAUAACCUGGAGUUAUUUUUUCAUGCGUGGUUGAACCACCCGCCUGGUGCUUAUACUUUACCCCUGUCUAUGUACAGGGGUUCUCCAUCUGUCUUCGUGUACGUUUUUUUAUCCCUCCUUUUUUGUUUCUUUUCAUUUUCGGGCAUAU